UGCUGUUACAGCAAACCAGCACCACAUACCUGCAUUUAGAGAACUGGAACAUUCUCCUUCUCUCCACUUCUCUCUUCACCAUAAGCCUGCCUGUGUUGCUGUCACUGUUAAAUUAGCAGAUAUGCCGAUCAAGGUGUUUUAUACCAGCGUGAGCGGCUCCUUAGAGAUGAAGAAACAUCAAGACAGAAUAUUCUCUGUCCUGGACAGCAAGAAGAUCACUUACGAAGCUGUGGACAUUUCUCAGGAUUCUAAAGACAAGAAUUUAAUGAGGGAGAGGGCAGGAAACUCGAGUGCACUUCCCCCUCAAAUAUGCAAUGGAGACAUCUACUGUGGGGACUACGAUGCAUUUGAAAAUGCAGUCGAGAUGGAAGAAUUGGAGGAAUUUCUCAAACUCUAAAAGGAAUGGAAACCAGCUGCUGGACAGUUCAUCCGUGUCACCAGUUUCCACACCUCUAGCAAAUGAACAAUAUACUAUAUUUAUAUAUAGGCAAUAUAGCCUACUAAAUAUUUCUGUUUCCUUUCAUUUGGAUUUGGUAUGAAUUUUUUUUUUAUUUGUAUCUAAUGAAUAAUGCUCAAAGCUCAAAGGAUUUGGCAAGUGAAAGUGCUUUUUAUUUCAGGGUAAGACGAGAGUUUUGCACAUCUGAACAGUUUGUAUACUUCAAAUAAAAUUGGUUAAAAUCA